AUGUCUGCUUUAUUAUCCUUGAACAACGGUCUUAAGAUGCCACAGGUUGGCCUGGGCUGUUGGAAAAUCCCCAACGACGUUGCCCCAGAAAUGAUUUACGGUGCCAUCAAGGCAGGUUACAGACUGUUUGACGGUGCCAUGGACUACGGUAACGAGAAGGAAGUUGGUGAGGGAAUCCGCAAGGCAAUUGCCGAUGGACUUGUCAAGAGAGAGGAAUUGUUUGUUGUUUCCAAGCUGUGGAACAGUUUCCACCACCCCAGCAACGUUAAGCCUGCUCUGGAGCACGUUCUUAAGCUGUACGGUUUGGACUACCUCGAUUUGUUCUACGUCCAUUUCCCAAUUGCCCAAAAGUUUGUUCCUUUUGACAAGAAAUAUCCACCAAACUUCUACUGUGGUGAAGAGGGAUGGGCCUUUGAGGACGUUCCCCUGAUUGAAACCUGGAGAGCCCUUGAGGCCCUAGUCGAUGAGGGAUUGAUCAAGUCCAUUGGAAUUUCCAACUUUUCCGGUGCUUUGAUCCAAGACCUUCUCAGAGGCGCAAGAAUCAAGCCUGUUGCUUUGCAAAUCGAGCACCACCCAUACCUCGUCCAGGAGAAGCUGAUUGAGUACACCCAAGCCGAGAAGAUCGUCGUUGUUGCCUACUCUUCCUUUGGACCUCAAUCCUUUUUGGAGCUCAACAACCCAAAUGCCCUUGGCUCUGUCAACCUGUUCGAGCAUGAGACCAUCACCAAGAUUGCAUCUUCCCAUGGCCAGUCUGCAGCUGCUGUUCUGCUGAGAUGGGCCACCCAGAGAGGCCUUGCCAUCAUUCCAAAGUCUUCCAAGAUUGAGAGACUUAGUGGUAACCUGCACACCAACGACUUUGACUUGACUGAGGAGGAGAUCAAGUCUAUCAGUUCGUUGGACAGAGGUUUGAGGUUCAACGACCCAUGGGAGUGGAACAAGAUCCCAACCUUCGUCUAA